AUGCAAACUACAGAGGAUGUGAGCUUUUGGAGAUUUUUUCUAUUUUCAUGCCUUUUUUUGCAGAGUUCCAGUCAAGACUUUGGAGGACAGACGCAAUUUAUUUGCACCUCAGUCCCAAAGGAUAUGGACAUAUGCGCAGCCACUUUGCAAAACAGCGUCCCCGGUGAUGACUUGAAGAGCACCGUCGCGCAGUUGAGGGAGACGGUCCUGCAGCAGAAGGAGACCAUCAUUAACCAGAAAGAAACCAUAAGAGAACUGACCUCAAAGUUGGCCAGAUGCGAGAGCCAGAGUGGUGCUGAGGCAGGGGAAGGGCGCUCCGGGGGCAGGAAGAAAGAGGCUGGGACCAAAAACACCAUGGGUGAUGUAUCCAGGGGCCCCGCCGACACUUUGGCGCAACUCUCACAGACUUUACAGUCCCUCAAGCAGAGAUUGGAGAACCUUGAGCAAUUCAGUCGAAGUAACAACUCAGUGCAGGCCAACAGCCUCAAAGACUUGCUCCAAAGUAAAAUCGACGACUUGGAGAAGCAGGUGCUGUCCCGAGUGAAUAGCAUUGAGGAGGGGAAGCCCGGACUCCGGAAUGAGACAGCGCAGCGUGGGAGAGUUGAAUCCACACUCACAUCUUUGCACCAGAGAAUCACCAACCUGGAGAAAGGUCAGCGAGAAAAUAGGCCUCUGGAUAAAUUCCAGCUUACAUUUCCACUGAGAACCAACUACAUGUACGCAAAGGUGAAGAAGAGUUUGCCUGAGAUGUAUGCCCUCACUGUCUGCAUGUGGCUCAAGUCCAACGCAUCCCCAGGAGUGGGCACACCUUUUUCCUAUGCCGUUCCCGGUCAGGCUAAUGAGCUAGUGCUCAUCGAAUGGGGAAACAACCCGAUGGAGAUACUGAUCAAUGAUAAGGUUGCAAAACUGCCUUUCCUGAUCAAUGAUGGUAAAUGGCAUCAUAUCUGUGUGACGUGGACCACUCGUGAUGGUGUCUGGGAAGCUUUCCAAGAUGGUGUCAAAAGAGGGAGUGGUGAGAACUUGGCCCCAUACCAUCCUAUAAAACCGCAAGGACUGCUGAUCCUUGGUCAAGAGCAGGACACUUAUGGAGGUGGGUUCGAUGCAACACAAGCGUUUGUUGGAGAUCUGGCCAACUUUCACAUCUGGGAUCGGAAACUAUCCAUGGGAGAAAUAUACAACCUGGCAACUUGCAGCAGCAAAGCGCAAGUGGGUAAUGUUUUUGCUUGGCUGGAAACAAGCCUUGAAAUUUAUGGAGGUGCCUCAAAGUGGACAUUUGAAGCUUGCCGCCAUCUCAAUUAA